AUUUAUUUGGAAAUGUCAUUUUACUCCAAUUUUAUUGAGGAUUAUAAUUAUUAUAAUUAAUUUUACAAAGUUAUAAGCUUGCAGACAAUUCUUGUAACGCGAAAUGGGAUGUUUUUACUCUAGGGGUAAUGAGGAGGACAUAGUCUACGACAUGUCUCCUAUAAGACAUUUGCCCGUGAUCUUCGUGAACGGAGUCCCGGGCGCUGGAAACCAAACUGUAGCGCAGACUAUAUCGAACAUAACUGGAUACACGAUGAUAAGGCCUGGUGAAUUGGUGCGAGCUGAAGCUUCGAAGGAUACAGCUAGGGGGCGCUUGAUUGCUGAUAAGUUACAGGCCCAGGAAGAUAUACCUGAGCAACUAACGGUGGACUUGAUAAAAGAGGCGAUGCUAAUGCAGCAGGAAGCGAAAGGGUUCAUCUUGGUGGGCUUCCCGAAGAACCCACGCAUGUCAAAUAUUUUCAACAGGCAGGUGAAAUGGCCAGAGAAGGUUGUGGCUCUCGAAGUGGAUAGUGAGGUGGCAGCGACAAGAUUACAGAAUAAGUUAUCGGAGCUAGGUAGACCGGAGUCAGAGAUCAACGCGGCGCGGCAGAUCGUCAAGGAAGCGGCGCAUAAAGUGAAAAACGUACACAAACGAUUCGGAGGCCAUGUUAUAAAACAGCUGGACAGCAGUGGCAAUCCGAAAGCCCUAGCGUCCGCACUGAAGGAGAUCCUAUCAGACACUAUAGAGCAGUGUCAGAAGCGGCCGGAGUCUCCAGGGUCGCGACCACCCACGGCCGUCUCCGCGCCAGCAGUGACACAGCCCUUGGUGGCGCAGUCAACUGACUCGCACGUGGAGGUAGAGGAAGCCGAGAAGCAGUAGGGUUAAACGUCUAAUACUCAAUAAUUAAUUGUGAUUUGUUUUAAAUUUUGC